AUGGCCCCGCUCUCGGUGCUGGAGGAGUAUCGGCGAAUUUGCGUAGAACGGGGUCUAGGUCCGAUCCGGGCUUUGGAGGAUGGGUUUGCAACAUCUCCCGAAAAGAUCGAUCUUAGUUUGCUUGUGGUCUCGUCUAGACAUUUUGAAUCGCUAAUUACACUCUUAGAAAGGCGCGAUGACAUUGAUAAACUCGACCUUAGUGGAAUACAAAUACCUGUAGUUCAGCUUAUUGAACUAUUCUCCGUUUUGUGUAACGGUUGUGUAAAGGAAUUGAUUCUUAAAAAUGUGGAAUUAGGUGUUCAGGCUGGUGAAGCCUUACUAAAGCUAUGCAUUGCCUAUGGAGAUCUAAUUCACGUCGAGCUUGCAGGCACAUUUCUACCGGAGUUUUUGGAAAUUGCUAUUCAGACGCAAGUGGAAAUGAAUCAUCUUCAUUAUGAAGAAAAAAUGUCGUAUUGGCAAAAAGCUGUUGGACCUGAAACUCCGAGAUCAUGGAGGUGGAGAUUUGAGUCGUGGACUGAAGAGAAUGAAGCUGAACCUACACAGACUAUGCUAAACUCAGUAAAAAGUGUAGAUCUUUGGGAUACUGCACGUUCUGUUACAGAAGAAGGUGUUCUUUUCACAGAUAAGAAUUUUCCACCUGAAAAGGCUUUGAAAGAUUCUAAUGUGAGGUGGGUUCGAGUGAGCAGUCUUCUUACGGAGAACAAAACGCAGGAAAACUGUUGUGUGGGGGAAAAACCUUUGUAUUAUGCAAAAUACACAGAUACAAGGAACCUUUGUGCAGCUCUCAAUGUCGUUCAACAGGUACCUCAUCUUCGUAAGCACCUCUGCGUAAGGCGAAUUCCGAACUUGGGACUUUUUGCAUUUCGUUUCUUUGUAAAAUCUUCCUCACUUAUUAUCAUUGUGGAUGAUCAAAUUCCCUUUAUAGAUGAUGAGCCUGCAGGGAUUCAUCAUGGCAAAAAUUCCAAUGAUUUUUGGGGAUGCUUGGUGGAAAAGGCAUUUGCCAAACUUUACGGUGGAUAUGAUAAAAUAUCUGGGGUGGGUUAUGGUUCUGCUCUUUCACAAUUGACAGGCGGUGUUUGUUUUGCAAUUGACUGGAAAAUUUUAAGGCGACAUUUUACGGAAACAGAAUUGUUUCGAUUUCUGAGAGACUUAACAAACUCGAAAAAAAUCAUAACUUCUCAACUUAUUCCGCGCAAUGCAAUGGAGAUGGAAUCUGUGAAGGAAAAAGGUAUAGUACCCUACAUGUCGUAUGUUAUAACGGCCACAGAGGCACUUCGGGAGGAAAAACCGCAACUUUCCUAUAUAGUACAACUUUCUUGUCCUAGCAAGCUAAGUAGCGAGGAUACAAUUUUUGUUUCUCAUCUAAAGGUAGAGCCUAUUUCUUCUCUUCCACGGUAUUGGAUAGGUUUUGAGAAUUGUUUGACGUAUUUUAAUAAAUCUUGUUUACUUCUUUGGCCUCAAAAUGAUCCAUGGAACAAUCACAAAAAUGUUGUGGAACAUAUGUGCGAUUGCUCUGGAGAAACAGAAGAUUCUUCAACCUUUGCGACGAAUCCUUCUUUUUUACUUACAAACAUGGGAAAAGAUGAGACUGAAAUUAUGAUUGUGCUGCGGAAAAAAAAAGAGAAUAUUAAACAUCAUCAAGGCUGGAUUCAGUUGCAUGUACAUAAAGGAAAUGAUAAUGGAAUAGAAAGUGAAAGACGCUAUGAUGUAUGUUCAAGAAAUGCAUUGUUUUGUACCGAAAAACAUCACGAUGGAGAAGCUGCCUUGGUCAUUCGCCUAAAAGAAAAUGAACGUUUGCAACUUACAGCAUCAGCUUCUUCUAAAUGUAUAUGUACAUUAGCAGCAAUUGCGUCUGAUCGAUUCCAACUAAAUACACUGCCGGCUUUUUAUGCAUAUACAAUAGAGGGCAAUUUGGGUCAGAUGGAUGCAUCAAACUCUUCACUGGUUUUAAUAAAUAAUAACAAGGAAACGGUUGAAAGACUUGUUGUGGCAAUUUCUCAAGAACCUUUAAAGCAAAGAACUCACUCUAUUGGUUUAGAGCUUUGGAUAAACCGUGACCUUCAAUCUGAGGAUGGUCAUCCACGAUUUAUUACGGAAUUUAGAAGAGAUGUUCUUGUGGUUUUUAACUUUUCAUUCUCUGUUAAACACAAUGACAUAAUAACUUUUAUUCCGUUGGCUAAAAGACGUUUGCACAAGCUGGCCUUUUCCAUGACUGUUUUCUCUUUUUUUCCACUACAAAGAGAAGACGAAGCGCGGUAA